UUCCUUCUUUUCCUCCCUCAAAUCUUUCUUGUCUUCCUUGUUGCUAUCAUCUAAGAAGAGGCGGAGGUCUACCCUUAAGUCUUAGAAUAAGUCACCCGAAUUGGAUCAACACUCCUUCUCACAAGAAUGGUCUACCCCUGAUCCUAUGAUAGGGGGAACAUAUAAAACUCUUUAGAGAAAACCUACCAAGCUUGAUUGCUCAUUUGCUCCAGAAGCAUUUUAACACCUGAGAUGGACGAGGAUUGAAUUGGGGAAAGAGAGAUGGAAGAUAAACGACGCAAGUCGUACCAAGCUUUCCUAAACAUUUUUUACCCUCCACGCGCAAACCAAUCCCAACGUCAAGAAGAAGAAGAAGCAGCAGCAGAAGAACAAGCGGUUCUCAACCCAGCAUUGACAAGCGCCGUGCCUCAUGAUGUGUGUGAUUUUCCAGAGGAAGAGGGAGCGGAAGAGGAUGAAAACUCCUCGAGUGAAUCUGCUAGCGAACGCACGCUUCGGAACCUCACCAGGUCUAAAAGGAAACGACUUCGGAGGAUGAAACUCAAGCAAGCUGCUUCCAGCCGCCGCCGCAGUAUUAUUGGGCCUAUGUUGCCUUCAAUGGAAGAAACCCCCCAUGGCGUCGAUAAUGCCCUAGAUGAAUCUCCCAUUACUCCUCCACCUCUACCAGAAACUGUCAUCCAUAAUGCUAAUGCUGCAGAGGGAAUUGGUGCUGGAAACAGAGACUAUCGAGGAGAUCCCCUUAACGUGCAGAAAAAGAGAUUGAAGCAAAGAAGAUUGGCUAAAAAGCUUAGCCGGAGCACCAAGAAUUGCACUAUUAAGGAGAUGGAGAUUCCUGUUCCAGACAUGUCGCCUGCCCAAUAGUUGCACUGAGUUUCCUGGACACUAUUGAGACAUGUCGUGUCCUGAAAGCUGGAUUCGUUAUGCAAGAUGCAAAUGGCCUCACUUUCUCCUGUGAUAAAUUAUAAAUUGGGUGGAAGGAACAAGAUCAGCUUCCAGCCUGCAAAUUGGUUCUGGAAGUAUGCGUGUCUAUCUGCCUCUGUACCUCCAUUUAUUUUUUACUUCUUGAUUUAUGCAUAGGGUGGCUUGACUAGUUUUUCAUAUCUAAAGAAUUUUAUUUUUUUUUUUGGGUGAAAUUUCCAUAUCUAAAGAGGCCAGAGUGUUUUCAGCGAAAAAAAAUAAAGAGGAGAGGGUUGUUUCUCUA